AUGGCGGCGUUUGUUUCGGCACUAGCACCGAGCGUGUUUCUUGGAGAAGGCGUGAAACCGGUGGCCGUGUGCCGGUCACGAAGCACACACGUGCGUCGCGCGCGCGGCGUUUCGCAACGGGUGUCGAUGGGGUUGGAUGCUCUGCUGUUUGACUGUGAUGGGGUGCUGGCAGACACGGAGCGAGAUGCGCACCGGGUGGCAUUUAACCUGGCGUUCAAGGAGCGUGGAUUGAAGGAUGUGUGGGACGAGGCAUUGUACGGGAAGCUGCUGGAAACGGGUGGUGGGAAGGAACGGAUGACGGCAUACUGGAGCAGCGAGUCGUCAUGGCCCGAGGAUGUGGCGAAAGACAGCGAUGCUCAGAAGGAGAUGGUGAAGGAACUGCACGCGCGUAAGACAGCCAUCUUCAUGGAACUUGUGGACUCUGGUAAGGUGCCACUGCGACCGGGUGUUGCGCGGCUUGUUGGAGAGGCAAGCGAAGCUGGCGUGCCGAUGGCUGUGUGUUCGACGAGCAAUGAGAAGGCUGUGCAACGAAUUGUGGACCAACUAGGGGAGGCUGCGGAGGGAAUCCAGGUGUUUGCCGGUGAUGUUGUACCGAAGAAGAAGCCGUCGCCGGACAUUUAUUUACUCGCGGCGAUCAAACUAGGGGUAGACCCGCAGAAGGUGUGUGUUAUUGAGGACAGCUUCAUUGGCCUGGCUGCGGCUCGUGCUGCCGGAAUGCCGUGCGUUAUCACAAAGAGUACGUACACUGCUGGGGAAGACUUCGGGCAGGCGCAGAAGGUGGUAAACUCACUGGAGGAUCCGUUGACAACAUUAGCGGACCUCACGCGUAUGGUAGAAAGCCCGGGCAGGGGCCAACCUUCUGGUGGUAGAGGGCGUAUGCGAAGGUUGCGAAGACGAUAUGGAUCGAGUUACUUGUAA